AGGGCGGGCCGAUCACGGUUUGCUCCUCCCGUGGCGGCCAGCGCUCACGGGCUCAGAGCGCGCACGGGGAGCCGACAGGGCGGACGAGAGGGGACGCAGCUACUGGGAGAAUUUGCCUUAAAUCCCACCACAGUCCUUCCUGGUGCUUGUCCUUAGAUUCAGACAGCUGGGAAAGUCCAGAAACACCAAGUACUUGAUUUUGUUUUAAUAGCUAAGCCAUAAAGACUGCAAACAUGUCUCUGGAAGACAUCUGUAUGAACAGCCAGGAUUUGUCUGAAAAAAGAAAAUUAGAUGCUGGAGGAUUUGGAACAAUUUUCUUAUGCCAUCACAAGAAAUAUGGAGAUGUAGUAUUAAAAAAAGUGUAUACAGGACCUGAGCGCUCUAAUUUUAAGGCUUCCCUCCUUGAAGAAGGCAGUAUUAUGCACAGACUGCAGCAUGAGCGUGUGGUAAAACUGCUAGGUAUCCUUCUGGAUGAUGGAAACUACUCACUUGUGAUGGAGUAUGUGCAACGGGGGAACAUGAUGAAAGUGCUACAGAAACUCUCGCUGCCUUUGUCAGUGAAAGGGCGUUUCGUGAUGGAGAUUAUAGAAGGAAUGAUUUAUCUGCAUAAGCAAGGCUUCAUACACAAAGACCUAAAACCGGAAAACAUCCUUGUGGACACAGACUUCCACAUUAAGAUUGCAGAUUUUGGUUUUGCAUCCUAUAAGAGCUGGAGUCAGCUGUCCCGAGAAGAGACAGGCCGACGGAAGCAAAUCAACAGCGCUUGUCAGUACAGGGGUGGGACUCUUUCCUAUAUGGCCCCAGAGCAUUUAAGCACUAUUCACAUAAAACCUGGAGAAAAAUCAGAUGUUUACAGCUUCAGCAUAGUGAUGUGGGCAAUUUUUGCUAACAAAGAGCCAUAUGAACAUAGUAUAAAUGAUUCUCAGCUUCGGUUCGUCGUUGAGCGUGGAAAUAGGCCAAACAUACAGGAGAUCACUGAUAAAUGUCCAGUGGAGAUUAUUGACUUAAUGGAACAAUGCUGGAAACAAGAGUCAGAGGAACGGCCAACCUUUGCAGAAAUUAGUCAAAGAUACAGUCCAUUUUACUGCCAAAAUCUAGAAAACGGUAUUGGAGCUGAUGUGGAGAAGUUAAAAAAAAUGUGGCCUGUGUCAGAUGAACUGCUGGAUGAUAUGCAGUCCCUUCAAAUAGAUGCUGUAGCAGAACACAGAAGUAAUGUUCAAGCAGAUCAGCCUAAUUCUUUACACAGUAUUCAAGGUCCCAUGACCAGUCAGGUUAAUGAAGCCCUGUUUGCUGCCUCACCUGAGAACCAGCCUGUUGAGAGCUGUGAGACCCCAUUUACAUCUGCUGAUAAGCUAAACAGAAAACUUCAGUGUGAAUACAACUACCAUGUAUAUGGGGACCGGAUGGAUAAAGCAGUUUCUCCUGUAGUAUACACCCCUGAAAUGAGAGAGGAAGAAAGAAGACAACGAGUUUCCUAUGAUCCACUUGCAAAGCUGUCUCCUAUUCCUCAAUGGAGUGAGCUGCAUCCCAGAGCUGAAAAAACAAGAUUAAACACUAAUCCAUAUAUGUGGCCAGCCGAAUUAACACCAAAACAGGGAACUGUAGAUACUUUUCACUGGAUAAACCCUAACGGUAUUCUAAUGGGAAACACAGAUGCUACCUAUGGCUUGAGUUCGGCCAGUACCUUUAACCUAGGUACACCUGUGCCUGAAUCUGGCCUAAACUCGCAAUCACAAACCAAUGUAAACUGGUAUCCAAAGAACACAGACAAAGAUACAGGUAACACAGCUUCCACUUGUUUCAUAGGGCAAAUUUUUAGAGGACAAUCUACUGUGCCCAGAACAAGCAGAGAAGAUUCAGUCAAGUACAACAUAAGUAACAGUUCUGGAAUUCAAAUUGGAUCCUACAAUCACAUGAAGAUUGAAGAGCCCAGUCAAAACGUCAGCACUUAUCCUGGUGCUACAGAAGAAGCUUAUAGGUAUUAUAAGAAAAAUGGUGUGUUUGACAAUAAAAGUGCCGUGACUGAUGAACAUCUGAAUCUAGUGACAGAAAAGUUGGCCAAACAGUGGAAGGACUGUGCUCGCAAACUGGGCUUCUGUGAACCUGACAUUGAUGAAAUUGAUUACGACUAUGAGCGAUAUGGACUAAAAGAAAAAGUUUACCAAAUGCUGUUUAAGUGGGUAAUGAGGGAAGGUGCCAAAGGUGCUACAUUUGGAAAGCUUGCCAAAGCCCUUUAUGACUGCCAAAGACUGGAUCUCCUUAAUAGUUUAAUGCAAAUCAAAAAGGAAUAAAUUGACAGAGAAUGGGGGGAAAGUUAGGGUAUUUUUUCCUGAAGAUCUUCCAAUAGCAAGUAAUAAUUCUGAACAGGCUUUCUGGAGCUCUCUUUUUUGCACAAGCUUUUUGGAAUAAGUUUUUUCUGCCAAGCAGUUCCCAGUGAAUACAUCCUUACUGGGUGUAUCAAAAAGUUUGUGUCAAGAUAAUUGGUCUUCCAGAAGGAUAAGCCAGGAGGGAGCACAGCCAGGAUACCUGACCUGAACUAGCCAAAGGGAUAUUCCAUACCACAGAAUAUCAUGCUCAGUAUAUAAACUGGGGGUAGUUAGCUGCUCAGGGACCGGCUGUAUAUCAGUCAGCAAGUGGUGCAUCAAGGUUCAGGGUUUUUUUUUGUUUUAUCUCUCUCUUUGUUAUUACCCUUUUCAUUAUUAUUAUUAUGAGUGUUAGCAUUACAUUUAUACUUUAUUUUAAUUAAGCUGUUCUUAUCUCAGCCCAUAGCUUGAGCCAUAAACUCCAGCAGUUGAGAGUUAGAAGCAAAAAACCAAAAGAGAUGCCUUCAACUUCUAUGAGUUUACAAAACUACAUUAAUUUUAAUAUGCUCAAUGUCUAACAUACAACUGUAAAAGAAUUUCAUACCAUGCAUUGUAUUCAAAACUGAAAAUAUAAAAGUAUCUGAUACCAUUGAGUGGCCUCUGGGUAAUCAGCAUGAAACCAACAUAAGAGAGACUCAAAGUGUUUAAGCAAAGUGUGAUGGAACUUUAUGGAGAAUUCUACCAUGCAUGCUGUCCUUUUUUCUGGGAGGCCUUUCAGCUAUCUGCCUUUGCUGUCUUACUCAGGGGUGCAGCAAAAUGACAUGUAAAAGAAAAGAAACUUAAGCAUUGGCAUGCUACAGCAGUCUAACCCCUGUUUCAAUGAAGCAAGCUUUGAUCAAUUCCUAGGAAAAAGCUGUGACCUUUUUGCUGUCCAUUGAGCAGAUAAUUUUCUCUUUUGAUCUGUAUGUUGCAUCAAGUAUCUUUAAGUAAACUAUG